AUGAAGAAACAAGUUAAAGAAGAGAGAAUAGCCGCAGUCAAGAAACGUAGUUCAACGUACUUGAAAAAAUUCACCGUAGCAGUUUUCGGGGAAGCUAGGACAGGAAAAUCAUCCUUAAUUCGGACCUUCCUUGGAGAGACAUUUAAAAAUGACUAUGAACCGACCAUAGAAGACUUUUACUCCAAGCAGAUUGUCUACAACGACAAAAAUUACCAAGUGGAUAUCAUAGACACUUGUGGUACAGAGAAUUUCCCAGCCAUGCGGAAAGUGGAUAUCAACAAGGCAGACGCCAUUUUGCUUGUGUAUUCUUUGGACAAUCCGCGCUCUUUUGAGCGGCUUCGUGAGCUAAGAGAGGAAGUCUUUCAAGAACGAGGCAUUGGUUUGCCUGUUAUGGUUGUAGCGAACAAAUCAGACGUCGUCAUAGAUGGACAUGCUUUAGAAAUGAAAAUGAAUGAUGGAUCUUUGGUGAACACUAAAUAUGUCGCUGAGAAGGAAUGGAACGUAUUGUGGACGAUAACUUCAGCCAAAAUGGCGUGGGGUAUCGAGGACAUGGUCCAUGGACUCAUUGAUGCAUUCUACGCCCGAAGAGCACAAACAUUGCCAACUAAAGGUAGCUCAUGGUUAAAAAGGAGUCCUAUACUUAACAGCUUACGGCGGAAAUCCAAGUAAAAUUUUGAAAUGACUGCCGGUCUCACUUAGUUUCUGCGAGUAGGCUUUCAACAACUAUAUGAUAUGAAUUUACGUCGCUAAAAUGUUUGUUUUCCUUGCGUGGAGCGUCGUUCACGAUGCAUGAUAUUUUUGUUUUUGGCUUCACGGUUUGCUGCAUUCGUGGAUGCACAGAAUUUAAGCCAUUUGUUUUUUUUUCAAAUGCUUUCAAGACAAACCAUUGUUGACUAUCUAGAGUAUCAAAUAACCCUGAUUCAUUUGAAAAUCUACUCGCUCUUUUCUUAAAAUGUCAUAAUCCUAAUCAAGGCAGUUUUCAGAAGCAUAUUUCAAAUAACAAGCUAAAUACUAUCUUAGUCAUCUAAGUGUGUUAAUCAGUUAACAAUAUUGAAUCAUCCAUUUCUCAGAAGUUUAUUUUCCCCGAAAUUGACGCAAAUUAUGACUGGAAAUAAUAUAAUUUGAACGACAGUUGUUUAUAUGAAUUAUACUGAAAUUAAAGAUAAGCUUUUUAUAGUGAUUGACAUUGUCCUCGUGGUAUGUUUUUAGAGGUAUUUUUAUUUAAUCUGAUAUCAGAGGUUCCAUGCUGAGACCCGCGCACGAGAGCAUACUUUGCCCUACCGGUUGUUUUUAUUCGGCCAAUAGCUAGUUUCGCCCAUUAGCCCUUACGAGUAGCAAGCAUCUUAUAUCCUCUGACAAUAUCGUUCCAGAGUUACUCAUUAAGGUCACGAGAACAAAGGGAAAUGAUCACCAACUGAAGAAGCUAUUGAUUGUAAAACGAACACUCACUGUCAGCACCUAAAGGGAUUUAUGGAGAAUGGUAUGGUGAAUAUGCACAUUCAAAAAAAGCUUUCUGAUGCCGUGAUUUCAUAUCUUCUCUUAGCCCCAUUUUCCGUCAAAGUUGGGCCUUGUAGUCGAGGGUCAUUAUAGCAUUGCGCUAAUCUAUAGUGAUAACGCACUGCAUGACAGAGCGAGAAAAUAACACGCGCAAUUUGAGAACGCACGCGAAGGCGAGGGUCGCGUGCGUCGCUCCAGCUCCAAAGCCAUAAGAGGGUUAGCCUAAAUUAGCCUAGGCGUAAUUUUGGCGAGCGAGUGCUCAAUAUUUUCUUAACGACAAUUAUGGCCGCCUUCUUUGAUUUUAAUGGCAGCGGUAGGCUGGGGAGAGAGAGAAAUUUAUGUCAAGAGGGUGAGCGACGGUUAAAAAUAAGGAGAAGUGUUAGGGUGGGGGUGAAAAUCUCGCCUCCCCCCCCCCCCUACUGCUACUGCCUCUAUUUCCAAAUCAAACAUGGCUGGUUUAAUGAACGACUGCGAGCUUCUUAAAGUUAACUCACCCCAAUAAGACGCCUGCACUGCAGGCUAGAAGAGAUCAACAGGGUUCGACGGAGGUACUUCUUCUAACGUACAUCAACUAUGGGUGGCUUUUCUCCUGGCUAGGGGUGACCAAGUCGAGAGGUCGCAGUUAAAUUAACACAGAAAAAAUGAAAUACACUUAAAAAGGUGUGGAAAGAAAAGCCCCCGUCUCCUCGCGCGUUUCUCAGAUCUCGAGGAACGAACACGACGCGCGAGAGACCACGAAAAGACAAAAGUAGCACCGUGCCCCCUCCGUGAAGGGCGUUUGUUUGUGGGACAAUACUCCCCAGGAGAGCUAGCUCGCAGGUCAAUGUUUCCAGGGACUGUUGGGAAGUUGUAAAAUUCCUUACAACUGAUCUCGAGGGGAAAAAAAACCUUGCAGGGGUAGUCAGCCCACCGAAGUUAAAUCUGCGGACUAAACGAUGGAUCUAAUGCAUUAUAAGGACAGUUUUGAUAUUCACCAGCUAUUUUAACACAAGGAGAUUGUUCCUGUCAGAUCGUGUAGAAAAUAGCAUGUUCUAAGCGUUCAGUUGGUAAAUGGAAGCGCCAUAGCAUGGGAAGCUGUUCAGUACCAAUAGAGAAGUAAAAAACCGAGGGAGACUUGGGUCGGGUCGCAACCUGACUCAUGACUCCCUCGUUCCCUCCCCCUCCCUCCCUCGCUCUGCAUAAAAAUUAUCGCAAUCGCCUUAAGCUUCUUACGCUCCUAUGUCUCUUCUUUCUGUGUCAGCUAACUCAUCCAUAAAUUUCACAUAAGAGUACAGAUUUCCUUGACUCAUGUGUUAAUUUGUAACUUAUUGACUGAAUGGGAGGGCCAAACGAGAUAAUAUGUGGCUCAAGGUCUUGACGUACGGGACCGAGUGCAGAGAGGUCGGUGCGUCAUGAACUAGAGCCAAUUAUUUUACGUCAAGCCCGACCUAACUCAUGAAUAAAGAGGGUGAGUUUCCAAAGAAACUGUGGUGCUGCGUCGGUGGGAGAGUUAAACAGGGUAAUUUAGUAUCAUCAACCGAGUUGAUAACGUAAUUUAAAUUUGGCCAUCACCAAGAGUUUACAAGCUGACGUUUCGAGCGAUAGCUCUUCGCCAGAUCGAGAGCGAUUGGAGGAAUUGUGGGUUUUGUGUGCGUUCCUAUGCAGAACAUGGAACUACGCCAUUGGUUGGAAUAUAGUGACGAGAAAACGAGAACAAAUUAGUUGAAUAAAAAGCGCUUGUUGAUACCCUGAGGAUUAAGAGUUCCGAUUUGAAAAAAUAAAUUUUAUUUUUAGAGUUUUGCGGCUUUCCGAACCGCUUAGACUCACCUCCGUUGAUAAUACUAAAUUACUGACCUAACUCAGUCAAUAAGCAUUUCAUCAAAUGACCUAAGAUUUAAAAUUUCGUCAAGUUUGUUUUGACUAAAUGAGACGAGAUAGACUGGCGCGUGCGGGAAAAACCACAAAAAAAGAUUCUACAAUAAGAAAGUUUCCUUAUUUUUCUUUCUUGUCAGAACAAGAAACUCACAAUUCAACAAAAAAUGUAAAUUAGUUUCUCAUUUUUGUUCACUAUUGUCACUAAUUUUUCAGCAACACCUGCGAGCAAUGUUUGUUUAUUUGUUUUUGCAAAGAAGCUGUAUAAUUGUUUAUCGAAAGUCCCUAUAGCUGAACGGGCUCGUAAAUCUAUGCUGAUUUCAUCAAAGAUGAAGGUUUGGGAAGUUUUGAAAAUUAUACAAUAAGAGUAUCAGCAAUUCUUAAAACCCCAGCUCGCCCAUUUUGUUUCCUUAGCCAAAAGUUUUUUUUGUAUCGUUUUUAAAACCUUCGAAACCCGUCCCCCAUCUGGAAUUUAAAAAAUUUCAGCUUUACCAGCCCCGUUAAGUUACCGGGACCUCCAAAAACGGGCUCCAAGGCCAGACGGCUUUUUCCAGACGGGCUUGCCUCAGCUUUCGGUAUGGUUUUCUAUGGUAUUGCAAGUGUGGGACUGGACAAGUAAUUUGAUAGUUACAAUUAUGUUAUAAAUGUGAAGUUUCAGUUCGUUUCAGUGUGUUAAGUCUACUUCUAGCUUUUCUCUCAGCUUGGUAAUACAAAAGAGCGCUACAACGCUCCCUCGAGGCAGCAGGAGAUUGAAAUAGUGCUUGAGCAUUGAAUAUUAUCGUGAUACAUUCCGGACAAGAUCCUCGAGGAGUUCGAGGAAAAAACUAAAGUUGCAGCUCAAACCUUCUCUUUGAAAUAUUCUCCUUUUCUCCUGUUCAGUGUAUCUUCACCUAUUCGAGAUCGCAAUAUAUCCUUGGUUAGGGCCUAUCUGAGGUACAACAGAGGUUCAGUUUGCAUUUCGUGGUAAAAUUACGCGGAAUUACAUUUUUGAGGUAACUAACUAUAGACGAAUAAUUUUGAUUUUCUCUCUGUUGGAGGAACAGCAGCACACUCUCUCUUAAACGGGAGAUGGAGGGCGUUGUGUGACGAGACCAAACAACGUAUUACCAUAUAUUAUCUGUGUUUGCUCAGAUAAAUUUGUUUUUUUUUUUUCGUCUUUCUGUGAUAUUUUCGUUUUUUGAAAGUUAUGCUCUUUUUGGUGACAAAAAUGAAAACAUUAAGUACACAAACUGUCUCAUCUCAACCCACCCAGUAUUAAAAAUAACUCUCGCAUGCUGCGCAUGCCUAUGUUUUGUACGCGUUGACGAUUUCAGAGAGUUUAUCGGUAUAUUAUAUAUCAUGGUUUGUGGUAAUUUGGACAUAAACUUACACUUCCCUCGUAUAAACAUUAUCUUAAUCCGUUUAUGGUAAAACUGCGGCGAAAAGGUGUUGAUCUCUUUCCAAAAUCGUUUUUUUGGACGUCGAAACAAACUUUCGCCAUAUAUUUGCAAUGUUUGCCCAAUGGCACCUCAUUCAUUUUGAUUUACUGUUCCUAGUGUUAGCAUUUGGUGUUUGAAUCUCUAAGCCUUAAAUUUGCAAUAAUGUUUUCUUUAAAUUUUAAGUUUGCACUAAUGGACGAAGAAAGGUAUUAUAGAAUAUUAUGCAAUCAAUUUAAUUUAAGCGUAAAUCUGACAUCCGGUUCGCUGAGUAAUAACACAUGCUGAGUUAAGGAAAACUUUAUUCCUCCCUAACCGACUAACAUGAACUGAGAGAUCAUUUUCGUGGCAGGCUUAACGCAAAUAAAGGUUUUGCUUUACAACCCGCGCUAUAAUUUACCUCUUCCUUGACGGAUUAACUGACUGAGUCGGAUAAAGACAUUUAUUGUAGUUCUUUAAUUAGUGUAAAUGCACAUUUGUUUGUUCUAAGCACAAAUACAUUUUUUUAAUUAAUGAACUCUUUCAUGAGAAACUUGAACUGUGACGGCUACAACUGGCUCUAAUAACUUAACAUGAGAUGUGGAAACGAGAAAAGACUUUUCACUGUUGUAAAGAAACAGAUUUACUCUUAACAACUACAGCCUUGGAAAGGAUUGAAAAAUAAAAGAAAUCAAACGCUAUUGUUUGUACACAGUGCUUUGUCCGACAUAUGCAAAUGUACAACUGUUUUAAAUGCCUUCUCGGCCUCAAACGUGGAAUCGCUGUUGCAAUGAAAUUAGUCGAUUGUGCCACCUGCCAUGAACAUUUACCCUUAAAAAGCAAUUCCGUUUCAGAAGUCGCAUAUUUUGAAUGAAAAAGGAACGUGGGGUGAACUCGCCGCUUUCGUUGUAAUCGAAGUGUAAAAUCGACGUAGCGACAUUUAAUAUUUGGAUCAAUCUUUCACCCGGCCAUUAGCUUCCGCCCGUUGAAGGUGACGUCGAGACCUGUCACUUAAAGUACCUUUCUACCCAAAUCUCACGCCAAGUGAGCACUGACUUUCCCGCAUGCUCUCUCGCGUACCAUGGCGAAACACAACGAAGAAAAUGGCACCUAUUUGCAAAAGUUCACCAUUGCGGUGUUUGGAGACUCCGGAGUCGGUAAAACAUCUGUUAUCAGUCGACUUGUGGGAAUAGCGUUCAAUCACGAACAUCUACCCACUGUUGAAGAUUUUCACGUCAAGCAUUUAGCUUACAAGAACAAAACCUGUGAACUCCAGAUCAUCGACACCUCAGGAACGUAUGAGUUCCCAGCCAUGAGACGCGUUGACAUGGAAAAAGCAGACUCCAUUGUUUUGGUUUAUUCUAUGGACCGACCAGAAUCACUUACAAAGAUCGAACGCUACAUGGACGAAAUUAAGGAGAGUAACAACGCCACGCAGAGUGACAAACCUGUUGUGGUGAUUUCAAACAAAUCGGACCUCUCCCACUUGUCGUCACCAAAGUUUGUGGACAAACGAGGUUUAAAUAUUAGCGUAGGGAUGUAUUUAGAGGGCAAAUAUGGUUGCCAUUGGUUCGACUGUUCAGCCAAGCUGAACGAAAACGUUGAGGACAUAUUUCAGAAAGUGUUGGAAUACUUGUUCGACAACGGGAGUUCUAAGAGCAAAAAUGGUCGUGCACGACCUCCUAUUAGAAAGAUCAGUUCACUUAUUCACCAAAAAAUCAAAAUAUCUCGAUAA